CAGAAUAUUUAAUAACUAUAGAUUUCAUAAGACUCUCUCAGGAAAGUAUAAUUGUAAUUACAAAAUUCCAGUGAUGGAAAACAGGAACACUAUUCAUAAUUUGCUCAUACUGUUGAUAACAAUCAGACAUCAGACAACUCCACAAAAUAAGAGAAUAAAAAUAUCACUUAAUAAAUACAAAAUGUCAAAAAACGAGAGCAAAUUAUCAUUACAUGAAAACAUUGUGUCAGAAGAUAAAAACAAAAUGUCAGAACAUAACUUAAACAAACUUGAAUUUUUUCCACCGAAUGAAGAGGACAAUAAAUCAAAAUCAACCAAAAACAUAAAAAUUGAUAUUGAAAAAAGCCCUGGGUUUAAAAGUAAAACAAACAAAGUGAGCGACAUUGAGAAUGAACACCAACAAGAAGAUAAAGACCUCGAUAAAAUAACUAAACUUCGAGACAACUUACUUACAGAUAUCAAUGCCAAAGAUAAGGAGGGUUUCACAACAGAUAUUGAAGAGUACAAGAAACUGAAAGCAGCUGGAAUUAUAUCAAGAUUGGGUGAACCAAGAAUGUGUGUGAGAGAGGAGACAACAUUGUUGCGUUUAGCAGUUAUUGCGAAAUUUGAUGAAGCUGCUACAACUCUCCUGAAACUAAGUGAUAUGGAGACAAUUUUUAAACAACACACAAGAAAUCAAGAAUACAUAGGAGGAACAGUUCUACAUGAUGCAAUCGCUAAUGAUAUGCAACAAAUCGUAAAACUUCUUUCAGAGAAGCUCACAUUUGAGGAUUUUCAUUGCUUGAUGGCCUGUCAAGCAACUGGGACCUUCUUCAAGGACUACUUUCAGGGUUAUGAGUUACCAUUGGUGAUUGCAUCCUGGGUUGGGAAUUUCGAGAUGGCUAAGUUACUACUCCAGAUAGAUCCACAUGGAAUAUACCUUAAAGACACAAGUGGAAAUAAUCUGCUUCACAGCCUCAUUCUGAUGUGCGAUGAAGAAAAUGAAGAUGUGACAAACUUCACAACAAUGAUGUAUAUGAUGAUUUACGAAGCAGAAGGGGGAAAGGUAGCUCUGCAGUAUAUGUUAGAAAUGACAGACAACAAUAAUCAAACACCAAUGAUGUUAGCCAUCAGAAAAGGAGAGUUCAGAUUUGUCCAGCUUAUCCUCAACACUGUUUAUAAAGAAACAGUAGGCAAAUACGGACCUGCAUCAUUCGUUAACUUUGACAUCACAGAAAUUGAACAGUAUCCAGAAAUAUCAAGCCAGUCAGGAAUUGUAUAUGUAGGUACAUCCUCGAACUGUAAACGCUUUCCUCAGUUACUAAGCCUGCAACCCUGGGAUAGAUUGCUUAAACUUCGCUGGGAUGCAUAUAAAUGGAGCAUGUUAAUAUCUAUGCUGAUCCAACUUGGCAUGUUGAUUUGGUUUGCUGUUGUGGUUACAAUUACGCCUUCGAAUGAAGAAUUGGCAGAUAUGCAUAACACAACACAAUUUGCUACAAAUGAAAGUAAAGAACUGUCAUUCCUUGAACAACUUGGGUACUUUGGAACAUUUGGCAUGGCUCAAUUCAUAGGAGAGUGUCUUUUUAUCUUAUAUGGAGCUACAGGAGUAGUGUUCCAGACAACAGUCAUUUUUGCAAUCAUUAUUGUUUUGAGAGUCAAGGGGAGGUUAACAUUUGGUGAGGUGUUCAAGCGAAUGUUCAACCCUGUUACAGGCUCUGUAAUGUAUGCAAUUGCAUACCUCAUCUUUUCAAUAUGCAUGGUUCUUUCCUUCGCAUCUAAAGUCGGUGGUCUUGAUCGUUCAACAAACACAACAGCUUCAAUAUGUAUUGUAUGUGGAUUCCUCUGUUUAACUGUCUAUUACCGCGCUAUUGACUACACAUCCUUCUUUACUGUCACCGUCAACAAAAUGCUAUUUGGUGAUGUUUUCAGAUUUGUAGUUAUCAUUACUGGGUACCUUUUUGGAUUUGGAACAGCGUUUUACAUUUUGUAUAAAGAUACAGUUGGAGGACCACCAAUUGAUAUGGAGAAUUAUGGAGAGUCAAUCAUAACUACAUAUAAGCUAAUGCUUGGGCUUGUUGAUUUGAAAACAAUGAAGGUGGAAUAUGAAGGCAUUUUGGUGGCCUUUUAUGUAACAUACACUCUGCUUAUGACUGUCAUGUUGUUUAACAUGCUCAUAGGCAUCAUGGCAAAUACCAUUAAUGACACAGCUGAACAGAAACAAUAUCUCAGUAAAUUACAGCGUUUAUCAUCAAUACUAGUGUUAGAAUUUACCCAGUUCUGGUCAAAAGGUUUUGCAACUUGGGCAAUCAAGAAAGGCAAACUUCAAAUAAAAACCAAGAUGUUUGCUGGGAAAGAACAGAAAAGAUUGUUUCUUCAAUGUAUGGAGGUUGACCAUAAUGAAAGGUUCUGUUUUAGUAAAGAAUCAACAGAAAGCAAUGUGUUAAGGAGAUUGAAGACGCCCUUCUGAGUAUAAAUGCUUGAAAAUAAAAUUAUAUGCACAAUAAUAUGUAGACCAGAAUGUAGAAAGAUCCACACACCAGAGUGUUUUCAAUAAAAAAGAAAUCAGAAUUUCAGGCUAUGUCUUCUCCAUCUAUGUCUAGAAUAAAACCAGUGAAAAAAUGUGAUGUGUUUCAUAAAGAUUCGGGUCAAUAAUAUUGGGGGUAAUAGGAGAAGUCUUUGUGAGAUACAAGACAGAGAUUUACAAAAUAUGAGUAUUUCCUUGUAUGUACAACCUUUUCCAUUUUAAUCCAUUAACAUAAAAAGGGCAUCAUGUUGUAUUGUUAUCAUUCUGGCCGGUGUCUUAUCAAUCACAGAUUAAAUAACACGACAGCUAUAUAAUGAUAAAAACAG